CCCCCCUCUUUCUCUACUCCCCCACCCCUAGCCACCCCCUCCGCUUCUCCGGCCAUGCGAGGGAUACUGAGACCAACUCUCCGGACAAUGCAGAAGGGAACGGGCGGCUGCGUUUGGGCUGCCCUCCUGUCUAUAUCGGCCCUGAUCCGUGGCCAGGAACUCAGUCCUAGCGGUAGGAAUGUAUGCAGGACACAAGGAUCUUCUGCCCCUGUGUGUUGCCCUGGGUGGAAGCAACAGCAUCAAGAAUGCCCUAUAGCUCUCUGUCAGGGCAACUUCACCUGCAAAGCGAAAGAAAUCUGUGUCAGACCCAACCAGUGCCGCUGUAGACAUGGAUAUUUUGGAGCCAACUGCGACACCAAGUGUCCUGAACGAUUUUGGGGACCAGACUGCAAGGAGAUGUGCCUGUGUCACCCAAAUGGCCGCUGUGCAGACGCGACGGGAAAAUGCACCUGCAACCCCAACCGCUGGGGACCCACCUGCAACAAAUUGUGCCUUUGCCACAACGGGAAAUGUGACCAGGACACGGGCAAGUGCAAGUGUGACCCCCACCGUUGGGGAACCACCUGCUCCAACAUCUGCUACUGCAGCACCAACUCCCAGUGCGACCCGAAGACGGGCAAGUGCAUCUGCCAGCCGGGUUGGUGGGGUCGGUCGUGCCACAGCCAGUGCCCCUGCAACAACUCGCCGUGCGACCAGAUGCAGGGGAGGUGCCAGUGCAAGGAGAAGUUCUGGGGACCAAGGUGCGAGCGGUGCCAGUGCAUCCACGGGAAGUGCAACCCCAUCAAUGGAUCCUGCGGCUGCUAUCCAGGCUACAGGGGCAAGUACUGCUCGGAACCCUGCCCCGCCGGAUCCUAUGGCCAUGGAUGCAGAAGGAGGUGCGGCCAGUGCAAGGAUCACCACCCGUGUACUAUCGCCGAUGGCCGCUGCCAGGCCUGCCAGCCAGGAUGGAACGGAACCAGAUGUGAUAAGAUAUGUUCGGCCGGUUUCUACGGGGACGGGUGCGGGCAGCAGUGCCCCCGUUGCAAGGAUGGGCACUCCUGUAACCACAUCAAUGGGAGGUGCCAGCAUUGUAACCCGGGCUGGAUCGGAGCACAGUGCGAGGUGAAGUGCCAGAAUGGUACCUACGGGGAGAACUGCAACUCAGUCUGCAUGGAUUGCUUCAAUGGGACCUGCCACUUUGUAACAGGAGAAUGCAUUUGCCACAAAGGUUUCCAUGGCCUCUCCUGCAACAUGACUUGUCCCUCGGGACUCUACGGAGCCAACUGUGUAUACCCAUGCCCCUGCAUCGAGGCCAACUGUGACCCAGUCUACGGCACCUGCAUUCUCGGUUCCAAUGGGCGAGUUGGAGUGAUCGCAGCCGGCUGUCUGAUACUGUUCCUGUUACUCCUGCUCCUGCUGUUCUCGUGCUGCUACUGUCUCUGUCACAAGAAGAAUCAAGGAAAUGAUUCGAACCAGGUCAUCACUGUCAGAGGCAAGCAGGCACGGCGGCGUCUACGUGGCACCAUCAGUCAGAUCAGCACCAAGCUGCCAAGAAUUCCCAUUAAACGGCAGAAAUUCCCCAAGGUUGUAGUGGCCCAUCACGACAUGGAAAACACCCUAAACUGUAGCUACAUUGAGCCGCCUUCCAUGAUGGAUCAGCCUUCCCCCUCUUGGUCUUCCCACGGCUCCUUCUCUUCAUUCGACACAGCAGACGAUGGCCCCGUGUACUGUGUACCUCACGAGGAGAGCAUGGUGGAGAUCGGCGUGCGUGAGAAGGUGACCGCCAUGGAGAGAGCGGCCGCCCCGAUCAGCGAGGAGGAUGCCGGAGAGUACACGUGUUUGAAGGGCGAUCCCGGCGACAUGCUGCUGCUGAAACUGUCCGACAGCGAAGCCUCCAGCAACGGCUCUGGAUCCACCAGCGGCGGGGCGGUUUACGCCAGGGUGGCACGGUUGUCCAAACAGUCCAAGGACAGCGACAUCAGCACCAACACCAGCAGCAGCCGGGACAACACCAACACGUGCGGCAAACAGCCGUCCCCCGAGCGGACCAAGCCUCCCCCUCCCGACCCUUCCACCAAGCCCAAGUUAUCCUGGAUCCACGGCAAGUUCAGCGCCGGCCAACCCAACCCGAGGUCUCCGACUCUGGAGAAGGCAGUCCCUCACGCCGAGGUCCACCACGGCCCUCCUGAAGGCAGGAGGAGGAACCUGAGCGAGUCCUCGGCCGUUGUCUGCGGCCGGCCAGAGGAUAAGAGGAGAGAGUCGGCGGAGGUCAAGCUGAGACGGAAGGACAGAGGGCAAGAGCGGCCCCGGGAACAGGAGCCCAGCAGCAGGGCUCAGAGGAGCAGGACCAGCCCAGAGCAGCUUCCCAAUCUCAACGGUGGCGUGCAGAGCCCGCCCAAGAGAGGUGGACCUCCUCCUCCUCCUCUCCCCGGCGACAAGAAGCCCUGCGAGGGGAGAGAGUCUCAGAGGAGCCCGCCAAGGGCCAAGGGACGGCCGGAGGUGGUUCACCCACACCUCUCCCCAGAGGCGGUCACCAUGUUGGCGGCUCAGCUCAAGGAGAAGACCCAGAGCCUGAACAAGACGGAGGGCAGCGCCAGGCAGAACGGGCUGAGCCCGGCUCACCAGCACCAGCACCAGCAGCGGGAGAAACCCACACCCCCGCAGAAAGCCAAGCGCUCCUUCGGUGCCAACAGCCCGCGGCCGGUCAUCCCCACCACCACCAACCUCCAGAAGAUGAUCAGCCCGUCUCCGGAGCGGCAGCAGGCAGCGGGUGGCAGUGCCAGCCUGUCUGCCCUGGAUCGCUGCAGCUUGCCCGAGCGGCACAGCGUCAACUGCUCCCCCCAAGCCAAGCAGGAGAAAGCGGGAGAGCAGCAGACGCCCAAACGGACGCCCAUUCAAAAACCUCCCAGGAAACGCGGCAAAGACUCCACGUUGGAGUCCCACGUAAAGUCUCCCGCCCCGUCCCCCCCAGAACUGGCCGUGAGGGAGACAUAACUGACCGACCGUGUCUCGCCAAAGUGUAAAAGCAGGGCUUACACCUCUCAGCGUUAACCCAAGGAGCUGCGCGGCUGUGGCAGGAAACAGCGGCGGUCCAAACGGGAGUGAAAGCUAAAUGACUUAACUUCUAAUAUAUGUACCUGAAUGUGUCUUCCCCUUAGUUUUCCCCACACCCUGAAGGUCGAACGUUAACCAAAGGUGCCAAAGUGAAUGAAAUGACACUGACCAAAGAAUCUUUCCCAUGACCUUAUUGGAGACUGUUGAUCAGCAAUGAUACAGUGAGAUGCUUUUUUCUUUAGAGCGAAUCUUCUUUCGUCUGGACGACUUUUUGUGACAUUAUAAUCGUCUGUCAAUUUUGCAUUAGUGAAGCUUUGUCCCCCAAAGGAGCAUGUCAACUCCUUGUGUUAUUUUAUUCUGUGUCGGCUUUUGUAUUUUACUCUUUUACAGCUCUCCAGUGACCAAAACAAAAUUAAUGGUUUAAGGGUCCAAGCCUGGGAGAUAAAAAAACCUGCUUCUCAUUAGGACCUAGAGUGCUGGAGUAACUGGGCAGGUCAGGCAGCAUCUCUGGAGGACGGGACAGGUGACCCUCCAGCACUUUGUGUUAUACUCAAGAUUCCCAGCAUCUGCAGUUCCCUGUGUCUACAAGGCUGCCUUUGUGCCUUGGCGACUUGCUUGGUGUGCCACCUUGCCUGUGCGACGUGGCAGGGAGAAGAGGAGAAGCCGAGGAGCCUGACUACAACCUAACCUUGGCAGGGCAGCCUCACUGUUGGCAGGAAGUGAUGCCUCAAACCAUUCUGGAAUGGGGAGAAAAUGAUCCUGGGAAACAGAGAGCCCUGGGAGCAGUGCUGGCUGUUACAGGAGGGAUCAGUUCACAUUAUACAGUGCAUUUCAUUGCAGAACACUGGAGUGCAGAGGAUGGAGUCAGCAGUGAGGUUCUCAGCAGCUGCCGGAUAAGCUUUCAGGAGCAACUUGCAAACAUAGCCUGUCAAAAUACCUUUUGAACUAAUGUACAAUUUUGCACACUGUGUGCGUGUGAAAUUCAGUAACACUCGCCACCGUUCAGUAAUGGCGAGGGAAGGGUUUGAACUGGCUACAGCGAACUGUGCUGCUGCCAGGACUCUCACUCUCCACUCUUGACACACUGUGUCCCAGUUUCUCUCUGCAUACAAUCAUUUCUCUGUGUAAGAUAUUUUUUUUAUUUCAAGUUUUAUUAAAAAUGCCAAGCAAAAAGAAUAAAAAUGUUUUCUUCCGCUAA